AUGGGCGGUCCGGACGGGCUAGGGCUCGGCGCGGAGGUCAACGGGGGCGCGGAGUCCGUCGCGGAUCUCCUCGCGCUUCCCCCCGACGCCGUUCCGCGUAGCGACCUUUUCUUCCGCCUAGCGCGCGCGCAUUUCCGCGCGGCUGUAUCCGCCUCCGCGGGUGGGCCCGCCAACCCCGCGGACCCCGCAAGCUCCCCCGCGGGCGGCGCAAAUGACGCCGCGGGAGGCGGGGAUGUUAACGACAACAGUAGCGACGAGGCGCUCGCUUUAGACGUCGUCCGAAACGCGAUUCAGCCUUCCGAGCGGCCCGACCACGUUCCGUCUCUUAUUCUCGCGUCCGUGAUUUGCGCGCGGCGUGACACGUGGAGCGACGAGGGCGUGCGCUACGGCGAGCGCGCCGUAGCGCUCGCUGCCAGCAGCGGCCCGCAGCGCGCCAAGGCGCUCCACGCGCUGGGAGUUAAUCUCCUGCUACACUCGCGCAGCCUCGAUAUUUCCGCGGCUCGGCGUGAGCUGAGUCUAAAGCGCGCCGUCGAGUCGCUAACCCAGGCGUCAGAAGAAGAUGCCACGUCAGCAGCUAUAAUGGUGGAUCUCGCGCUCGCGUUGGCCGAGCAGCGCCACGUCAGCGAGGCACUGAAGGUUGCGAAGCGUGCGCUGAAAGCCGGCGGCGGACAGUGGCUGCUGACGUGGCAGCUGCUUGCGCUGCUGCUGACGUGUCAACAGCGAUUCAAGGACGCGGAAGACAUGUGCCGCGUGGGGGAAGCCGCCAUGAAGAAAGCGGGGGGCGCAGGGGGAGGGGGAGCGGAUGGGGGGGAGAAAGGGGAGGGCGCAAGGGCGGCGCUGCUGGUGCUGCACGCCAAGAUGCACUUAGCGAGUGGGGAGCUCGGGGGAGAGGGGGGGGAAGGGGAAGGCGGAGGCGGGGCGGAUGGGAGCGGCGGUGUGAGUGCAGGCGUUGGAGAGGCUGUGGAGAGCUUGAAGGCAGCCCUGGCUGCUGUACAGUCCCGGCAGAAGCGAGGCGACAUGGUGAGAACAGGGUGGGAGGAAGGCGAGGGAGGGAGGGAGGGAGGGAGGGAGGGAGGGAGGGAGGGAGGGAGGGAGGGAGGGAGGGAGGGAGGGAGGGAGGGAGGGAGGGAGGGAGGGAGGGAGGGAGGGAGGGAGGGAGGGAGGGAGGGAGGGAGGGAGGGAGGGAGGGAGGGAGGGAGGGAGGGAGGGAGGGAGGGAGGGAGGGAGGGAGGGAGGGAGGGAGGGAGGGAGGGAGGGAGGGAGGGAGGGAGGGAGGGAGGGAUAAGGGAAGAGGUUGGUGAGGCUGUGGAGAGAUUGAAACAAGCCAUGGCGGCUGUACAGUCACGGCAGAAGCGAGGCGACAUGGGCGGCUCAGUGACGGAAGCAGUGGUGUGGCAGUGUCUGGCGGAGGCGUAUCUGGCCGGCGGGCGGGCGGCAGAUGCCGACCUCUGUGUGGCCAAGUGUCAGACGCUGGACCCGUACUCUGCUGACACGUGGAUGGUGGCAGGCAUGCUAGAAGAGGCGAGAGGCUGCCCCGAGGAGGCCCUUGCCUGCUACCGCAGCGCGCUGGCCAUCGACCAAUGGCACGCUGCCAGCAAGGCGCGACUGGGAGCCCUGCUGUUGCAGAUGGGUGGGGAGUGGCUGCACAUGGCGCAGGUGUACCUGAGGGAGGUGGUAUCUGGUGAUGGGUUUGAUGCACGCGCGUGGCAUGUGCUGGGAUUGGUGGAGAGAGGGCGGGGGGAUGUGGGUGCUGCUGCAGAGUGUUUCCGGCGAGCUAUGGAGGCUGAGGAAACGGCUCCUGCUGUCCCAUUCAAUACGCUUAGACCGAUCCUGCCGCAGAUGCUGCUGUAG